GCCCAAUAUGCUCGCCUGCCUGUUCCGAGUGACUGCAAAUGGCAUCGGGUUAUAUUGACUGUCACUGUCACAUCACAGCUGAGGAGUUCGUGCAGGACACAGAAGACAUUCUUAACAAAUCAAAAGAAAAAGGAAUCCAAGCUCUUAUUUCUGUUACAGAAAAUGGAGAAGAAUUUGAAAGGCUUAUUCAGCUUUCAGAAAGAUAUCCAAAUUUUAUCUUUCCGUGCUUUGGGGUUCAUCCAAUUCAAAGCAGUGCAGAUGGCCUGUACAGUGUUACUAUGAAGGACCUGGAAUCUGCUGUUCCAAUGUUUGACAAGUAUAGCAAUAAACUGGUGGCUAUAGGAGAGAUUGGCUUGGACUUCACUCCAUGGUUGGCCUCAACUUCAGAAAAAAGAGAACAGCAGAUGAAGGUUUUUCAGAUGCAGUUGGACAUUGCAAAAAACUUUGACCUGCCUGUAAAUGUUCAUUCCCGUUCUGCUGGAAGGCAAACAAUAACUUUUCUCAAGGAGCAAGGUGUUCAGAAGGCGUUGCUGCACAACUUUGCUGGUAGGCCUUCCUCAGCACUGGAGGGAGUGCAGGCCGGAUACUACUUCUCCUUCCCCCCUGCAGUGGCCAGAAAUGAUCAAAGGGCCAAAUUAAUAAGGCAAAUUCCCUUGGAGAACAUCUGCUUGGAGACUGAUUCACCAUCACUUGGAUUACAGAAGCAGGAACGAAAUGUGCCAUCAAAUAUCCAUAUAUCCUGUGAAUACAUUGCGUCUGUGAAAAAACUGCCUCCAGAGAUAGUUUGUGAAGUGACAACAUGCAAUGCCCAAAGACUAUUUUCAAAGAUUUGCAACAAAGCAAAUAAAUAAAUCAUACAUCAAAUGUAUACUGAAUAAAAACAUAUUUAGAAAUGUCCUUGGUGGCAGCAUGAUCUGACCAGACAUCAGUAAAAUAAUAUGUAAAAUAAAGGUUAUUUAUUUGAUUUAAA